UCCUUUCGAUGACCUUUGAGUUCGCUGAUUAAUAAUAAUAAAAUCUUUGUUUACUUCGACUAUCUUGGGCAAGUGUUUUGUUAUUGUGUGAUAAUAAUAUAAUUUUGUUUUGAUCAAAAGCAAGUGCAUAAUAAUAUAGUGUGGUGUUUUUACAGUAAAAGGAAACUAAACUGAGACGUGAUAUUCUUGAUAUCAAAAGUUAGCUUUUUGAUAAUAAUGGGAAGGUCUAUCUUUUCGUGAUCGAAAUAUUAAAAAAAACAUAACAAAAAUACAGACACGUGGGUUCUCUGUGAAAUAAUCGAUAGAGGCGCAAGGCGCGUGCGCCAGUCUCUAUCAACAAGACUAUUAUACGUCAAGGUCAAUCGACGCAAACACGUGCAAUGUCGGAUUCUAUUUACACACAUGAUUUUCUCUUUGAGCCAGGCGUAGAGAUAAAACAGGAACUACCGUAUGAACUGGGACCCAUGUCUGCUUCUGUGCCUAUACCGCAACGCCGCAACGAUCUCGGUGACUUCAGCUCUGAAAUAGACUUAUGCCUUCAGGACAGCUUGGCUGGUUCAUUUCACAGUGUUCCUUCCAUGCAGUAUGGUAAAUUUGAAGCAGAUAAUUCUUCCAAGAUCGACACAUUUAAAAUGGAUGAUGAUGAUAUUUUUCAAGUUGAUAAAGCCGAUUUAAUAUUAGGACCAACUUUGGCUGAACUUAAUGCAAAUCCAGACACAUUAUUAGAUGACUUGAAUAUUGAUGACUUACUGCUUCCGGAGGAGAGUGGUUACUGUGUACAAAUUGGAGGUGUCAUGAGCGGAUCGCGGCGUGGACCUGGCAUGCAGACUAACAAUGCCAUGCCAACUGAUAGUCCCUGCAGUCCUUAUGGUCAAGUUCAACAGGCUUUUUCACCAGCAAGUCAGCACAGCAGUGCAUCAUCAAGUUUUGCACAACCUAUGAACCAGUUACCAGAGAUGUUACUUCGUAUGGAUGGCUACAGUGGUGAAAUAGUUUUAGGGCAGUCGGUACCAGCAUCUACAGUACUGCCUCCAUACCCUACAAAUAUUAAGCCACAACAGACACAGCUUUCUUCAUCUGCACCAACACAUUUGACUAUGGAACAGAUAUGGCAGAGAAGGGAGCCACGUAAACAUCUACUAUCUACCAGCUCAUUGGCUGAGGCAGGGUCUGCUUCAUCAUUGUCUGGUGGUCUAUUAAGUCCUGGGGCAGGAGAGUAUUCACAAGAUGAAGAUGAUAGAGACAUUGAAUCUGAUGAGGAUAGUGAUAGAUACGAAGAUCUCUCCUCAGAUGAAUCCAAUGAUGAGUCUGAAACUAAACAAGCACGACAUAAUGCUAAGAAAGAAAAGUAUUUUUGGCAAUACAAUGUUCAAGCAAAAGGUCCUAAAGGUCAAAGACUGGUUUUGAAUAAAAAGUCAGAGGAUCCACAUAUAUUGAACUCUGUAACUGAUCCUGUAUUCAGUCCUAGCUGCAGUGUAAGAGGAAUCAAACACAGUGGUAAAGCAAGGAAAGGCGAUGGUAAUGACCUAACUCCUAAUCCUCGAAAGCUGUAUGUAAUCGGAAAAGAGCUAGAUAAUUUGGGCAAAGUCAUAAACGAUAUGAUACCUGUCAGUGAGUUGCCUUUCAAUGUUAGACCAAAGACACGAAAAGAGAAGAACAAGCUGGCUUCUAGAGCCUGCAGAUUAAAGAAAAAAGCCCAGCAUGAAGCAAAUAAAAUUAAACUACACGGGUUGGAAAAUGAGCACAAGCGACUUCUGAAUGGAAUACAGCAGAUGAAACAUGUAAUACACAGCAGAGUUAAUAUGCAGAGUGAUGUUGACUGGAAUACACAUGUUAAAGGAAUAAUAAACACAGCCACUGAAGUGAAAAUUGCCGGUAAGACUUCAGAAUUUGUGAACAGAAUUUUAGACAAUGUCAGGGCUGGACAGACAAAUGGCGGUCUAAAUGAUAUUUAAUAGCUGAAUCCAAUAACAGACCCAGAGGUGAAUAUAUAUAUAGUAUAUAUAUAUAUAUAUACAUGUAUAUUUGUACAUAUAAAACGAAAGGCUGUUCUAUGUACCUCCAAAGUUAUUUAGAGAUGAGAGUUUUAUGUUAUACAUUAUAUAAACUUAAUUGUCCAAGACAAUCUUUAUUUUUUUAAUAAAACAAAAGCAUAGGAUAUUAGUCAUUAAAAGCUUUACAAGGCAACUAUCAUGUAAAUUAUGAUGUUAAUUAAAUUUUCGUAUUUUAAAUAUCAUGAAUAAUGCCACAAGAAACAGUGUCAUGUUAGUAUGUAAGUUUAAAAAUAUUACUAAAUGUAAGCAUUCGUUUGUACAUAAUUUUAUAUCAACAAUACAUGUUGGCCAGAGCUCACCAAGGUUGGUCGUCUUCCCCUAUAUAUAUGUUACGGCAAAUGUACACUUUUUCCGGUAAAUGUGCACAUUUGCCAAAAAGUUAGGUAUAUGUGAUCUGAAUAUAAUGUAUAUUAUGUACGUUUCCCGGCAAAUGUGUACUCUUGC